AUGUCUUCUGUCAUCCCCCUCCUCCUCCUCGCCUCCCUUGUCAACGGUGCCGCCAUCCGUCCCGACACCGAGCGCCGUGACCUCUUCUGGUCAUGGGGCACCUCCAGCGGUGGCUACUACACAGGCCAAGGCAACUCUGGCAGCACCACCUCUUCUUCCCAGGCGGCCACCUACCUUGCCCAGGCUCAGUCUAGCGUGAGCGGUCUCGACCAGGGAUGGUCUGCUGCGGGGUGUUACGACGACUCCAACAGCGCCAGGACCCUCGCCAGCGCCUCCACUUAUUCUUGGUGGAUGGACUACUCCACUUGUACCACUUUCUGUGGCAACAAGGGCUACACCUAUGCCGGUGUUGAGAGCAGCAACUGCUACUGCUCCAACACUAUCAACAGGGCGUCUACUAUCCAGCCCUACUACAAGUGCUCCGGUACUUGCAGCGGUAACUGGUUCGAGGACUGCCCCAGCAACAACUACAUCAACGUUUUCACCAAGGGCUCUACUACUACCUCCUCUGCCAAGACGUCGUCUGCGGCCACUUCUACCGCGAAGACUUCGACCACGUCUACCGCUGCUACUUCUACCGCCAAGACCUCUACCACCUCGUCUGCUGCCUCUACCUCUACUGUGAAGAGCUCUACUUCGGCCGCCAGCUCUAGCUUGAGCUCUGCCGCCUCUUCCAGCAGCUCUGCCGCCAAGUCAUCCACUUCCAGCACCUCUGUGGCCCAGUCUACCGCCGCUCAAUCUACUUCUGCUUCCAGCAGCUCUGUGUCCAAGACUUCCACCGCCGCCGUCAUCCCCACCAUCAGCGUUCCUGCUGUCAACACCACCUCGGUUAUCUCUGCUGCUCAGAACGUCGUCUCUUCUGCCGUCGUCUCUGUUGCUUCCGAGGCUAGCCAGGUCGUGAGCAGCGUCUCUGCCCAGGUCAACACCACCUCGGUCGCUUCUCAGAUCCAGAGCGUCGCCUCUCAGGUCAGCUCCGCCGUCCCUGCUAUCAACACCACCUCUGUUGUUUCCCAGGUUCAGAGCAUUGCUUCCUCCGUGGCUUCUUCUGUUGAGGCUGUUCCUACUUCGGUCGCCUCUUCUGUCAUCUCCGAGGUUUCCUCCUUUGCCAGCAGUGCUUCUGCCCAGGUCGUCUCUGCCGUUGCCAACGUGACUUCUUCUAUCGCCUCCGACAUUGCCAACGCCACUUCCGCCGUCUCCUCCAUCUACUCUGAGGCUACCGAGGCCGCCAGCUCUGCCGUCUCCAGCAUCGCUUCCGACAUCAGCUCUGCUUACAGCUCUGUCCUCUCCGAGGAGUCUUCCGCCGUUUCUUCCGUUGUCGAGGAGGCUACCUCUGUCAUUUCUUCUGCCGCCGCCGCCGCUUCCAGCGCCGUCUCCAGCUUGCCUACUGGCUGGGCUGUCACCGCUUGUAUCGGCGAGGGUACCUCUGGCCGAGCCUUGCCCGCUACUUCUACCUCUAGCAGCGACAUGACCCAGGCCAAGUGUGUCUCUUACUGCUCCAACGCUGGUUACACCCUCGCCGCUAUCGAGUACGCUAGCGAAUGUUGGUGCUCCAACGUCCUCCAGAACGGUGCUUCCCUGACCAAGACCUCUGACGCGUGCACCAUGCCUUGUUCCGGUGACAGCACCUCUAUCUGUGGCGGCCCCUCCGCUCUUACCCUCAUUGCCAACGCCACCGCUAUCGCCAGCUUGAACGCCGACCUUACCUCCGGUACCGUCUCUCUCCCCACCAACUGGGCCGUCCCUUCCACCAGCUGUAUCGCUGAGGGUACUACCGGCCGAGCUUUGACUGGUUCUUCUUACUCUUCUGCCGACAUGACCCUCGCCAAGUGCUCUUCUUACUGUACUUCUGAGGGCUACGGCAUUGCCGGUGUCGAGUACUCUAGCGAAUGCUACUGCGGUAACCAGCUCAACAAUGGUGCUUCCCUCACCCUCUCCAGCUCCGCCUGUACCAUGGCCUGCUCUGGUGACAGCACCACCAUGUGCGGUGGUAGCGGAGCCCUCUCUAUCGCCGUCUCUUCCACCAUCACCUCCAAGCUCUCUUCCGACCUCUCUACUGCCGUUGUCACCCUCCCUACCGGCUGGGAGGCCGCUAGCACUGUCUGUAUCGCCGAGGGUACUUCUGGCCGAGCUCUUGCCCAUGAGUCGUACGCUUCCGACGAUAUGACCCUCUCCACUUGCCUUUCUUACUGUGGCAACCUUGGCUGGCAAUACGCUGGUAUUGAGUACGGACGUGAAUGCUACUGUGGCGACUACCUCGCUAACGGCGCUUCCCUCGACCUCACCGCCACCUGUAACGUUGCUUGCGGCGGUGACAGCACCGAGACUUGCGGUGGCGGCAACGCCCUCUCUCUCUACGUCAACCCCACCCUCGCCCUUGACCUUACCACCGUCCUCGGCUACAACCUCCAGGGCUGUGUUCAGGAAGUCACUGGUCGACUCUUGUCCAACAACUCUUUCGCUUCCGACUCUAUGACCGUCGACAUGUGUGUUGGAUUCUGCUCUGACCAGGGUCUUGCUCUUGCCGGUCUGGAGUACGGUCGUGAAUGCUACUGUGGUUCCGCCCUCACCAGCGCCCAAGUCCUCUCUACCCAGUGUGACAUGAAGUGCGCUGGUGACUCUACCGAGAGCUGUGGUGGUGCCGAUGCCAUCAAGCUUUACUUGGCUGGUGAUUCCGUCCUUUCUGUCCUCUAA